AUGCGCGCGCGGUGUGGUACUGUGAUCUGGCGACUGCCGAAGCAACGGCAGCGAGGAGCAGUGGUAAAGCGGCGGACCGGUACUAGCGAGGUGCAUUUUGAAUGUGACUUUGCCAGACCUGGGAAAGUCUGUAUUUGCAAAGGAGGAAUAUACGUUUAUCAUGACCUCAAAACUGAUGAGAACGAAACCGCUUGAAAAAAUUGUUAUGCUUAGAAUUCGAAUUUUGUAAUAAUUUCACUGAACGAAUAAAAUAUCCAAAAAUCUCAAAAAUUAAAUCUUAGCUCUAUUAAAGUACGAUACGACAACGGGGAAAUGAAUAAAAAUAUAUUGCAAAUGUUACACCGGAAGGGUCACCGGCUCUUCCGUGUAAGCUUUAGACGUGUUGAAGGCAGACUGUCAUGAAGUCUUUAUUCGUGAGCCUCACACGCGUGUGGCCAAGACGCGUGCAGGGGAACCAAGUGAGAUACAGGCGUGUCUGCCGGAGCAAUUACACGCCGAGAGCAUCGUACACACAUGAAUACAAUAGAACGGAGAGAGAUAGUAUUCCUACUGUAACACAAACAUGCAUCCUCCAACCGUAGUCCGCUGUUAGAACUUUUACAUCAGGGCACAUUUUAUCGCAUGCCAAUUUUUCUCUUCACAUCCACCCUUUUCAAAACGCCGUGCAAUAGAAAGAGUAGAAAAACUGGAAGAGAAGCAUAUUUGCAAUGAAGAAAUGAAAAAGGAACAAACGGGAUGGAAGAAAGCGCGCCCCGUUGAGAAAUCUGGGGUCGAUUUACCGUGAGGCAAUCUGUACAAAUACCGGCAGCAAUUCUAGGAACUCUCCAACACGUCCGGACAUGUUUUUUCACAUCAUAUUCUACAAACUGACAAAAUUUCAAACAUUCCAGGAGCUACUAUCUAGAAAAUGCAAUGAAAUAUGACAAAAGAGGAUAAUGCCGUGUUUAAAGUAAUUUCCACGAAAUUCACUUCGAUUUCUUCGCUUUUAAACCUAUUUUCUGUUAACCUAAGUUUUUUACGUAGCAAAAUCGUCACUGAAAAAGAAACGCCUGUCAGAAAAAAGUUGAAACUCUGCAUAAAUAGCUCACUGAACAUAGCAUCCUGCAAUCAAAAUGCUAUGAAAUGCGACAAAAAAGGUAAUGACGUGUUUAAAGUAACUUCCACGAAAUUCAAUUUCAUUUUUUUGACGCCUCAAAAUUGAGUUCUUUUUCACUGUCUGACCGCUCUUGAAUUUCGCGGAAACACUUCGAAAAGGGCAUGAAAACUCGCAAAAAGAAAAAAAAAUCGGACAUUCGUAACGCGAAACGGACACGAUUCGGACCUGUCGAAGCAUUUCCAGUGACCACUUCAGUAGAAUCAGCCUUUUAAAACUAUCCGAGGAACUGCUCAGAAACGUCCGGAGCCUGUUCGUUUCGCGAAACGAACAGCCUGCAGGCUCAUGAGCUCAAAAAGCAAUUUUUUUUUAGCGUAAUUUUCAGUGUAACACUGCAUUCACCAUGACGCGAUUUAUGUGUAGAACAUUUGGCGCAAAAAAUCAUCAUUUGUUUAUUGUUUGCUCCAACGUUUUUCUUUUUCAUAUUCUCUUGUUUUAUGAUCUAUUUAAUGUUUAUAUUCUUUUAUGAUGAAAAAACUAUCCGGUUUUUCUUUUUAGGCUAGCUGCUCAAGCAAGGGCACGCCAAGCAGAUGUCGCAUUUUUGUAGUUAUUUUUCCUUUCGUUAUUCUUCUUCUCCGCGGCAAACAAAAAAAAAAACUUCAAAAUCAAUGAUUUUUAUUUAAAACAGAGAAGUCGGAAAAUCGGGAGAAGUUUGCUUGAAAACAAGACCGCUGAAUAAGUUGCCAAUCGGACUUGUUCAACGAUCACAGCGAAACAGUAGGAGAUCAAUAUUGGUCCUUGACAAAUUUUUUACUGAAUUUCAAUUCUAAUUUUUCUUUUUUUGAGGUGUGUUUGUUUCAUUCAAAAAAACCUUGCUAAUUUUUUUAUAGCAAAAAAACAUUUUUUUGCUUUUUUUAACCCCUCGCAACGUGUUUUUGACACUCUUGAUUUUUGUGCCCGAUUGUUAUUUUUUUCAAUUUCAUGUACUUCAAUUUGAGUUGAUGAAAAAAUGUUUGAGGCCAACGGACAAUGGUGGAAAUCGAGGAAGCGUACGAACUCCGAGAAGAUGUGCCGAUCUCCCGCUACAGCAGCAUCGAGUUCCCAGUAUUUAUUUAAAUGAAAUUGGAUCAAAAAUCAAGCCGAUUUCAGGAUGAAAUCAUCAACGAGAAGUGGUUAUCGGUCGCCGUCAACAAAAAAGGACAUCUCGCAGCACAAGUAGCUUCCCUCUCAUUGGACUUGGAUUGAAAAUGAAUUAUUUUGCAGCCCGAGCCUUUACGAUCCGUACGAAGGAAGGAGCGGAAAAAGCAUGACUUGUUGAUGCAAAGAAUUGUGAUUUGAAGGAAAAAUACGCUUUUGAAAAAUGAAAUUCUCCAGGAGCAACACGAGCUGGAAGAACUACAGACGUUCAUCGCUCAGAAGUUGUUCAAAGUCGACGGAAUCAUUUGCGAUGAGCAAACUCGGAUAGCGUUGAUCGAGAAAAUGCUCACAGUUAGGUCUUAUCCAACGCUGCAGCACGAUGAAUACGUCAAGACAUACGGGUGAGUGUGAAGGAAGAACGGAGGGAUGAAGAAAAAGAUUGUUGAGAUCAAAAAUGGCGGGAUGGCUUCGUGACCGGCUGGUGCCAACAAUGGCCGACUGCGGCUCGGUGCUCCAAAGAGCCGCCGCCGAGUUUUAUCACUUCAAAAAGGUUUCUAGGAUUUUUCUUUAAACGGGUAAUUUUUUUACUUGAAAAGAAUUUGAAAAGUAAUUCAUCUUCGAUUUUUUCAGGACGACCCUUUGUGUAUUUGGAGGCAGCUCCCAGCGGAUCUUGUAGCUCAGGUUGACAAUUUUUCGCUCCCUUCAUAUUAUUUUUUGUAGAUUUCGAAGAGAAUUGCGCUGUUUACCGAGGAGAUGACGAACAAGGUGAAAUGGUCAUUGCUCGUCGAGCCGGGGAAGUUCAGCUGUCACUUAACGGUAAAUUAUUUCUCAUGAAAGUGCAAAGUUUUGAAGACUGACUCAAUCUCAAUGGAAAAAGCUUUUUCGUGAAUCCUUAUGAAUGAAAACCCUUACUUCUUCCAGGAGUUCAUCAACGAGUUCCGACGGCUGGAGCGAAUGUUCCAGGAUCACGAAUUGGCGCCAGCAGAAGCGGCCCAGACGGCGUUCAACUCCAACCACAUCACAAAGGCCCGAAGCAAAUGUCUUUUUUUCACUUGUCCAAGCUUGGAAAAAAAACAUUAGUUUUAGUGAUCCCGUGUUGCGAUUAUACGCGCGUUAAACUUGUGGAUGGAAAAACUGGGACGGCGUCACGGAGGAACGUAAUGUCGUCGAUGUUCCGUCAGGAUGAUGAACUUUACAUCGAUUUUCCUACUUCGGCUCCCUAGUAGGGUUUUUGCACAGUUACAAAGCUCCAAAUGACGAAUAGCGGGGGCAAAAAACGUUCAGGUCUCGAAACGAAGCGCGCAAAAAAGCUCUAGAUAUUGUCGUCCUCCUAAUUUCUCAUUCAACGAAAACUUGAUAAGUUUGCGCGGUUUUCAGUAGUCAAAACUAACCUCCAUACAACAGUCAAACGAUGGUAGGAAGGAAUUUCGGGUUCCCGAACAUUCGUGAGCGUUAAUUGUGCAUACACCAAUCUUGGAGGCUCGAAUCUUUGAAAAUUUGAAUCAUUGCAAACGAUUCUUGAGAAUAUUCACCUCUUUUCUGAUUUUUUAUAAUUUUUUCAAUGCUUUUGUUAACAGAAGUUGAUGGAGAAUAUAUAUAGAGUGAAUGAAAAUGUCGUAGCUGUUCUGCAGCGAAUAUUUGAUUACGUGUUUGCGAGAAAGACGCAUUAUUUGACAAAAAGUUAGUUGAAAAAAAUUUAUUUAUGGUCGAAACACGGCAUCUUCACAAUAAAACGAAAAAGGAAAAAAAAAUGUAGGAAAAAAAAUGUAGGAAAAAAAAGAAGGAAAUUCAAAAAAGAGGGAAAUAUUCCCAAGAAUCGUUUUCAAAGAUUCAAAUUUUCAAAGAUUCGAGCCUCCAAUAUUGGUGUAUGCACAAUUAACGCUCACGAAUAUUCGGGAACCCAAAAUUCCUUCCUAUCAUCAGUCAAACUUGUCCGGAUAAAAAAAUUUUUUUAUAUGGAAGUUCAACUUUGCCAUGAAUUUUUUUAUAAGCAAUAAAUACGAAAGAAUUCAGUGGUACCCCGGAUUUCAUCCACGCCAAUUACGUCCGAGGUGGUCCCCUGAUGAACACGUUUAUCUGUGCUCAAGCGCCUCUUUUGAAUACUCAGGAAGAUUUUUGGCGUUUGGUGGGUUUUAAUCAGCUGAUACACUAAAGUUAAUAUUUUCAUCAAGUCCUAUCCGGUUUUUUAGCUUCUCUGACAAGGGAGGUAUUUAUACUUUUCUAAAAAUUUCCUCAAACAAUCUCUGAAGGUCUAGAUGAAGAUCCCUCAUAGUCGCUACUUGCGCAAGCUUCUAGUUUUCGAGAUACAACUUUCAAAGUUUCGAGAUGUCAGCUAUAAGCCUAGCUUUUCAAACUUCAAAAUUAAUUAUCUCAGAAAACUAGGAGCUGGCGCGGGCUGCAACUGUGACGGAUAACCUGCAGAGAUUUUUUCAAAGCUAUUUUGUAGAAUAAUCUAAACCGCAAAUUAAAAUGACUUCGCAUGUGAUCGAGAAAUGUGUAUAUAACUUUUAAAGAUUGUGAUGAAAAGCAAAAAAAAAUUUUAAAAAUUAUCAGGUGCACCAAGAGAAAAGCCAAAUGAUCGUGAUGCUUUGCCCGGCGGUGGACGCGAAUUUGCUGGGAUCCUUGGACAACAGCCCAAAAAGCCAUUGUCCCUACUAUUGGCCAAAGUUUUUCUAUUCUUUUUCACCUUGUUUUUCCUGAUUUUUUUUCCAGAGUCGAAGGAAGUGAAUUGAGUUUUGGAGAUUUCACAAUCCGAUGCAAACUCGUCGAUGCAACGGCUGACCCCUUGUUCACUAUCACGAAACUGGUCAAUAUUUCUAUUUUUGACUUUGAUCAACUACUUGGAAACUUUAGGAAGUCUACAAAAAUGACGAAGAGGAUUUUCUGACCGUGGAACACUGGCAAUGGAAUUGGCAGUUUCUCGGCGAUGCUCAUUGGCCUUUCCGAGUUUUGAGAAGGUAACCAUUUCUAAUGUCUUACAGCCACUUGAAAAAUUUUUUUUUGAAGGUUUCUUGAUUAUAUUUAGAUUAUUCAUCAAUAGUUGAAUUUUCCUUUUCUUGAGUAAAUUAACAGGACCUGUAAAAUCAAACAGAAAUGGCACGAAUUUUGCUUAAGUGUCCACUUUCCAGAGCACGGCUACAGAAAACGCCAACGAUUGUUCAGUGCAUAGACGGAUGCUCACGAUCCGGAACCCUAGUCGCGAUCGAAGUCGCUCUAAUGAACUUUUUGAAAGGUAGUUUUUAAGAAUUGGUCCAUUUUUUGGAACAUGGUAAUUUUUAAAUGAAGAAUGACCACUUGAGAGGUUUACUAUGAAUUUUAUUUCAAAUUUUAUUUUCAAAAAAUUCUUCUGGAUUAUCUUUCUCCUUUGUUAUAUUACCACCCCCACAAUUUCGUGUCUAGAAUCUUCCCAAAUUCCGUACUUUCCAGGCGCACCGCAGGACAUGACCCCAGUACUGGAAGCUUGCGUCUUCGUCCGGCUACAACGUCGUUUGGCCGUCGGCUCGAUGCUCCACUACUUGUUCAUCUACCGCGUCCUUCUGCGCUUCAUCGAACCCUACGUCACGACGUUCAAUCAGCGGACUGCGCUCGGCUUCCAGUUCAAGUGGCUCGGAUUCAUUUACAAGUUCGAGUCGAUGGCCCAGGAGCUCGGCCGCAUCACCCCUGCCUAUUAA